GAUAUCGUUUACUUGCUUGCCACUCGUUCCGCUGGUGUUGCCGCCGCAGGUAUCCGGAUCUAGUCGGGCAAGAACCGGUUGUCCACGUAUACUUCUCGGUUUCGUGAUCCAGGGGGGGGGGGGAGGUUUGCAGGUAACCUUUGGCAACCUCAGUUUUUGCACUCUGAUGGCUGGAGCUGAAUAGAUGAACUGUGUCAUAAUAGAUGGUUACCGCUCCCUCGUCGCCGUGACUGUCCCCUCACAGACUUUUAAGUAUAGAUCUCCUUCCUCCUUUUGAAUUUACCCCAUUGGCGACCAGCCUGGAAAAAAAACAACAACAAUGGAGUGGGGCGAGAGAUCAACGGCAGACCUCAUGAGUAGGUAUGUGUCCAAGGAAAUGGGCUAUGAAGUGCCCGCAGAGGGCUGGAGGAUCUGUCUGGCGCACGAGUUCAAGGAGAAGAGAAAGCCUUUUCAAGCAAAAGACGUCUCUCUGUCCAACGUCUUGGAACACAUCGGCCUGGGAAUCAGAUAUCUCAAAUGGUGGUACAAGAAAACCCAGGUGGAAAAGAAGGCUCCGUUCAUCGAUAUGUUCCGUGCACAACCAUUGCGUCAAAUAUACGGUGCUCCACUUGGAGGUAUUGGGGGAGGUACCAUUACAAGAGGUUGGAGGGGGGAGUUUUGCAGAUGGCAACUCAACCCUGGGAUGUACCACUACAAAACUGUCAUAGCCAACCAGUUCACAGUGUGCCUGCGCCGAGGGGGCCAAACCGUCUACCAGCAGGUCCUGUCGGUGGAGCGCCCUCCCACAAUGCAAGGCUGGAACUGGGGCUACUGCGGAGAGUACGCCUUCUACCACGCCCUGUACCCCCGUGCCUGGACUGUCUACCACCUGCCUGGGCAGAAUGUCACCCUUACCUGCAGACAGGUGUCCCCUGUCAUCCCCCAUGACUACCAGGAUUCGAGUCUCCCUGUAGCAGUGUUUGUGUGGGACAUAGAGAAUAAGAACGACUAUGCCUUAGACAUCUCCAUCAUGUUCACCAUGGUCAACGGGUCGGGCCAGAAGGACGACAAAAGCGGGGGACACUGGAAUGAACCAUUCCACCUGGAGAAAGAAGGGGAGGCUGUAUCGGGGAUCUUGCUUCAUCACUGCACCGCAGUGAAUCCCUACACCCUCUGCAUGGCAGCGCGAGAGCAGCCCAACAGGGAGGUUAGUCACCAAACAGCAUUCAGUCCAAAGGGAACCUGUGGGGGUCUGUGGAGUGACCUCAUCACUGACGGACGUCUGGACUCUCCGACUGGCUCCAGUCCGCCCACAGCUAAAGGGGAGAAGGUGGCAGCAGCCCUGGCUGUGGGCUGCUCGGUGCCAGCUCAGGGCCAUGAUGCGCUGGAGUUCUGCCUGGCCUGGGACAUGCCCAAGAUCACCUUCGGCUCCAAAGAGAGGGAGCACCUCAGGAGAUACGCUCGCUACUUUGGGUGUAAGGGCGAUGCAUCGCCGUCACUCAGUCACUACGCCCUGACGCACUACAAACAGUGGGAGAGAAGCAUCGAGGAGUGGCAGAGACCUGUGCUACAGGACAGUUCCCUCCCCUCCUGGUACAAGUCAGCGCUCUUCAAUGAGUUGUACUUUGUCGCGGAUGGAGGAACGGUGUGGACGGAGUUACCGGAGGACAGCGACAUCAGCGGGGGGGUGCGCAGUGAGGAGGGGGGGCUGCCAGCUGAGCCUGCUGUGAUCAAGGAAUAUGGCCGCUUUGCCUACCUAGAGGGUCAGGAGUACAGGAUGUACAAUACUUAUGAUGUGCACUUUUAUGCUUCCUUUGCACUUAUCAUGCUGUGGCCAAAACUAGCCUUGAGCCUGCAGUAUGACAUUGCUGGCUGUGUGGUUCAACAUGACCCAACAGAGAGGCUCCAUCUGAUGAGUGGGCGGUAUUCUUCCGUCAAGGCCAAAAAUGUGGUUCCUCAUGACAUAGGAGACCCAGAUGAUGAACCGUGGCAACGGGUGAAUGCCUACCUCAUCCAUGACACUGCAGACUGGAAGGACCUGAACCUGAAGUUUGUCCUCCAGGUGUACAGGGACUUCCAUCUCACCCAGGACAACCAGUACCUACAGGAUAUGUGGCCCAUCUGCCAGGCGGUGAUGGAGUCAGAAAUGAAGUUUGACCUGGACGGAGACGGUCUGAUAGAGAACUCUGGCUAUGCUGACCAGACUUAUGAUGGCUGGACUGUAACUGGACCUAGCGCCUACUGUGGGGGACUGUGGUUAGCGUCAGUAUGUGUGAUGUGUAAGAUGGCUCAGCUGGUAGACGAUGAGGCUGCCCACCAGCAUUACCGAGACAUCCUCGACAGAGGCAGCGCUGCCUUUGACAAACUGCUGUGGAACGGCAAGUACUAUAACUACGACAGCAGUGGAAGAGAUCUUUCAAAUAGCGUCAUGUCCGAUCAGUGUGCUGGCCAGUGGUUCUUGAGGGCAUCCGGGCUGGGAGAAGGAGAAUUCAAGGCUUUUCCAAAGGAGAAGAUCCGUAGUGCGCUGAAGUCCAUAUUUGACUUGAAUGUGAUGAGUUUUGCUGGAGGCCAGAUGGGGGCAGUCAACGGCAUGCGUCCUGAAGGAGUACCUGAUCACUCCAGUGUCCAAUCGGACGAGGUGUGGAUUGGAGUGGUGUAUGGUUUAGCAGCCACCAUGAUUCAUGAGGACAUGGUAGAGGAAGGCCUACGCACAGCGGAGGGCUGCUAUCGGACUGUGUGGGAGAGACUGGGCAUGGCGUUCCAGACGCCGGAGGCCUAUUGCGAGAAGGGCAUCUACCGCUCCCUGGCCUACAUGAGACCGCUCAGUGUCUGGGCCAUACAGCUAGCCCUGGACGCGUCGCAAAGGGACAGGACCAAAGUGGAUCAACCCAGAAUGGCCGAGAGAGAACAAGGCAACAAUUAGGGACGUGAUCAGAGCUACAACUGGGGGCCAUAAGACUGGCGUAAAUGAAGAAACACACUAAUGGACUGGUCUGAUAUCACACAUGUUCCUGUACUCCACUCCCCCUCCGCACUCAUCCAUAUCCUCCCAGCCUGCACUGUGCCUACUGAUCCGUUACACAUCUGGAUUAUUUUGCUCCGUGAGAUGUUUUGUCACAAAUUCAGAUGCUGUUUAUGCUAAACAGAUUCCACAGCCUGGUCGGGACGGGGAUUUCUUAGGAUCUUGUAGCGUCUUGGAUGGUCCAAGUUAUUUUGAAAGUAGUGUGGUGGAGUGUUGGUUCACAGCCAGGGUUGUUAAAAUCAUAAUCAUCAGUUACCUCGUGUCACAUGAAGGAAUUAUCUCUUGACCUUUAGCACGCACACGCGCGCGCACACACACACACACAUUACACGUCACUCUUUUUUACCAGGCCAAUAGUAACAUUUAUCUACUAUUUAAAUAUGUAGUUGAUAUGUAAAUGUUUGAGGGAUUAUAUGUAACUAUCAGCCACUUGCUGUUGAUGCCACAAUAUUCAAACCCGUUUUGAUAGAGAAUGUUUUUAUUUUCCGUUGAGGGCCUUGGAACAUGGAACCCCAAGUGAGCUGACAGACUGUUUCUGAAAUGACUUGAAAUUACAGAAGCUUGAAAAAGAAACCAGCUGAUUUUUAAGAUUUUACUUUGACGUAGUUGACUGCAGUACUGAUGGAUGUGAUAUGUGGUUUUUGGUGUUUCAGUUAAGUCUGGCAUUAAUUUCUCUCCUUUUUUCUUUUUCUUUUUUUUUUUUAUAGAGCUUUUGGUGCCUUGGCGCAUGUUGGCUUGUAUCUAUAUUCACGUAGCAGCAACAGUGUUUUAUACAGUCCUAUACUGUUAAUGACAAUGAUGCAAAAUAAAUGACCGAAUG